AUGCAGAAAUCACCUGUGGAUGAUGCAAGCUUCCUCUCCAGAUACUUCUUUUGGUGGACCAACCCUAUUAUGCGAAAGGGUUUUAGGGAGAAAAUAAGACCCUCAGAUGUUUAUCAAGCUCCCACCAACGAUACAGCUGAUGUUCUUGCAGAGCGCCUGGAAAGAGAAUGGGACAGGGAAGUUGCAUCAGCAAAGAAAAAGCCCAGUCUUUUCCGAGCCCUGGCCCGAUGUUUCAUAUGGCCCUUCAUGUUCUUUGGAAUCCUCCUGUAUUUGGGGGAGGCAUCAAAAACAGUGCAGCCUCAACUCCUGGGCCGUAUCAUCGCCUCGUUUGACCCCUUUCACGCACCAGAGCGAUCUCAAGGCUACUUCCUGGCUCUGGGCCUGGGCCUGCUCUUCACUGCCCGUUUCUUACUGCUGCAGCCGGCCGUGUUUGGGCUGCAUCACUUAGGCAUGCAGGUCAGGAUCGCCCUCUUCAGUCUCAUCUAUAAGAAGACGCUGAAGCUGUCCAGUCGGGUCUUAGACAAAAUCAGCACGGGUCAGUUGGUCAGUCUGAUGUCAGCAAACCUGGGCAAAUUUGAUCAGAGUAUGGGUAUGGCCCACUUUGUGUGGAUCUCUCCAUUGCAGUGCAUAUUGUGCGUAGGCCUGGUCUGGGAGCUUAUCGAUGUGAAUGGCUUCUGUGCAUUGGCUGCUAUCUCCCUCCUGGGUAUCAUACAGGCAUGCCUCUCUCAUAAAAUGGCACCUUACAAAGCUCAAAGAGCAGUGCUGACCAAUAAGCGACUGGCUCUGACCUCUGAGAUCAUGGAGAACCUGCACUCAGUGAAGGCCUAUGGAUGGGAGGAGAUAAUGGAGACCAUCAUUAAGAACAUCAGACAGGACGAAAUGAAGCUGACCAGGAAGAUAGGCUCUCUGCGUUACUUCUACAGCUCUGCCUAUUUCUUCUCCGCCAUCUGGGUCAUUGUGGCAGCCAUAGUGCCCUAUGCCCUCAGUCAUGGCACCAUCCUGCGUAGGAUUUUUACCACGCUCUCUUACUGCAUGGUGCUGCGUAUGACUGUCACCCGCCAGCUGCCAGCCUCCAUCCAGAUGUGGUACGACACUAUCAGGCUCAUCUGGAAGAUUGAGGAUUUCCUGAGCAAAGAAGAGUACAAACUGUUGGAGUACGAUCUUAGCAUCAAAGAACUGGAACUUGAGAAUGUAACUGCUUCCUGGGAUGAGGGUAUUGGGGAGCUAUUUGAGAGGAUAAAACAGGAGAAUAAGGCCAAUGGCCAUCCCAAUGGAGACUCAGGACUGUUCUUCACAAACCUGUAUGUGACUCCUGUCCUGAAGAACAUCAGCCUGUAUCUGGAGAAGGGCGAGAUGCUGGCUGUUGCUGGCUCUACAGGAUCAGGAAAGAGCUCUCUGAUCAUGACCAUCCUUGGGGAGCUGGUGCCCUCCUCGGGGAAAAUCCGCCAUAGCGGUCGUAUCUCCUACUCCUCCCAGACUCCAUGGAUAAUGCCCGGCUCUAUCAGAGAUAACAUCCUGUUCGGACUGAGCCACGAUGAGUUCAGAUACACCAAUGUCAUCAAAGCCUGCCAGCUAGAAGAGGACCUCGCAACGCUCCCAGAGAAGGACAAAACUCCGCUAGCGGAGGGAGGGAUGAACCUGAGCGGAGGACAGAAGGCUCGCGUGGCCUUGGCCAGAGCUGUGUACAGAGAUGCUGAUGUCUACCUACUUGAUGCACCUUUCACCCACCUGGACAUUGGGACAGAGAAAGAGAUAUUUGACAGGUGCCUGUGCAAGCUGAUGGCCUCCAAGACACGUAUCGUGGUCACCAGCAAGAUUGACCAUCUUAAGCGUGCUGAUAAGAUCUUGUUACUGCACAACGGUGAGACCUACUUCUACGGCACCUUCACAGAGCUGCAGACAGAGCGGCCUGACUUCACUUCUCUGCUCUUGGGCAUGGAGGCUUACGACAACAUAAACGCAGAGCGUCGCAGCUCCAUCCUCACCGAAACACUACGCCGCGUCUCCGUAGACGAGACUGCCGGGCUUCGACAAGACCGCCCGCCCUUCCGUCAAGCCCCGCCCCCUCCCGUGUCCUCAUACAUGGACGAACGCAAGCCCUCGGUGAUAAUGAACCCCAUGACAGUGGGCGGGCGAAAGGCCUCCCUCAUGGGCAGUGCCAUGGGGGGGUUGGCAGAAGAAGAUGGGGUUGGGAUGGGGGUCGGGGGGGCACUACCUCAGCGUAAGUUCUCGCUGGUGCCUGAGAACGAGCUGGUAGAUGAGUCCUUCAUGGGCAACGACAUGUACCAUAAUCACGGAGUGCACAUGGCAGGCCAACGCCGUCAGUCUGUGCUGGCUUUUAUGACAAACGCACAGGCCCAGGGUCGUCGAGAUCACUUCCAGUCCUCUUUUCGUAGGCGUCUGUCUGUCGUGCCACAUAGCGAGCUGGCCUCUGAGGUAGACAUCUACGCCCGCCGUCUGUCCAAGGACAGUGUCUAUGACAUCGGUGGGGAUAUGGAUGAGGAGCAUAUCGAGGCUUGUUUUGCUGAUGAGCAAAUGGAAGAAGUCUUUGAGACUACAAAGUGGAAUACAUAUGUACGAUAUGUGUCCACCAACAGAAGUCUCAUCUAUGUUCUAAUCUUCGUUCUCAUCAUCUAUGCCAUUGAGGUAAAGAAGCAGUCACAACUGAUCCUGUAUUGGAUCUGGAGAGAGGAACAUCAUUGGUUUGACGAAAAUGCAACAACUUACCCAAACAUGUCAUCGCCAGGGACACACUACGCUGUCAUCGUCACCCCAACCAGCAGCUACUACAUCAUCUACAUCUACGUGGCCACAUCAGAGAGCAUUUUGGCCAUGGGCUUCAUGCGGGGCCUUCCAUUAGUACACACGAUGAUCACCGUCUCCAAGAAACUCCAUGAGAAGAUGUUGAGUGCAGUGCUCAGGGCACCGAUGUCUGUGCUGAACUCUAUGAAGACAGGUAGAAUUAUGAACAGGUUCACCAAGGAUAUGGCCACUAUUGAUGAUAUGCUUCCCCUCCUCAUGUUUGAUCUUGUCCAGUUGUGUCUGGUCGUGGUCGGGUGCAUUUUAGUGGUGUCAAUCAUGCGGCCGUACAUCUUCCUCGCCGCCACACCUCUUGCCAUCAUCUUCGUUGUGAUGAGAAAGUACUUCCUGCGCACGGGUCAGCAGCUGAAGCAGCUAGAGACAGAAGCUCGCAGUCCCAUCUUCUCCCACCUCAUCAUCUCUCUGAAGGGGCUGUGGACAAUACGGGCCUUUGAGCGUCAAACAUACUUUGAGAACCUGUUCCAUAAAGCACUCAAUACACACACAGCCACAUGGUUCCUAUACCUGGCCACCCUGCGCUGGUUCCUCUUCCGUGCCGACAUCAUCUUCGUCUUCUUCUUCACACUGGCUGCCUGGAUUGCCGUGGGAACCAACCAGGAUAAACCGGGAGAGAUUGGCAUCAUUGUGGCUCUGGCUAUGCUCAUUCUGGGGACUUUUCAGUGGUGUGUUAUCACUAGCAUUGCUGUGGAUGGAAUGAUGCGCUCUGUGGACCGGGUCUUCAAAUUCAUUGACCUUCCCUCAGAGGAGCCCAAACCCAAAAAUGGCUCUGGUAAAGGUCACGACCUGGUCAUAGAGAACCCAGACGCCUGGGCCAACUUCGGUUGGCCCAACCGUGGUCAGAUGGACAUCCAGAACCUUACUGUCAAAUAUUCAGAAACAGGACAACCCAUUCUAAAGAAUGUCUUCUUCAGUGUGGAAGGUGGUCAGAAGGUGGGCAUCUUGGGAAGGACUGGCUCAGGGAAAAGUACGCUGUUCAAUGCUCUCCUACGUCUGGCCUCUACAGAGGGAGAGGUCUUGGUUGAUGGCACGUCCUGGAACAACAUGCCCCUGCGAAGGUGGAGGAGCGCGUUUGGAGUUAUCCCUCAGAAAGUCUUCAUUUUCACUGGAAGCUUCCGCAUGAACCUGGACCCCUAUGGUCGCCAUAGUGACGAGGAACUGUGGAGGGUCACAGAGGAGGUGGGAUUGAAGUCCGUCAUUGAGCAGUUCCCCGAUAAACUGGACUUCCACCUGGAAUACGGAGGUUAUGUGCUGAGUUACGGCCACAAACAGCUGAUGUGUCUGGCACGCUCGAUGUUAGGUCGAGCCCGUAUCCUCCUGCUUGAUGAACCCAGCGCCCACCUGGACCCCAUGAGUGCAAAGAUACUGAGGAAGACUCUGAAACAGGCUUUCCCUACAUGCACCAUCCUUUUGUCUGAACACAAACUAGAACCACUGCUGGAGUGCCAGUCCUUUUUGAUGAUAGAACAGGGUCAGGCGAAGAUGUAUGAGUCCAUCCAGAGGUUACUGAACGAGACCAACCUUCUGAAACAGGCCAUGACUCCCGCCGAACGACUCAAGCUCCUCCCACGACGUAACUCCAGCAUGCGCGUCCCUCAGCCCAAACUCAGCUCUGUCACCCUCACACUGGAGGAGGAGGCAGAGGACGAGAUUCACGACACGCGUCUCUGA